UAGCCGUUGGUUUUGAAUGGAUCAUCUGCGGACAGCAUCCGUUGUUUUCGUUCUUCCCCCCUUCACACAUCGAAUUCCUCCGUUCUUUUUCGUCUUUUAAUCCCCCCUUCUCGCCUCCCCUAAUCGAGCUUACAAAGAGAGAGAGGGAGAGGGAGGGAGAGGGGAGAGGGAGGGAGAGAGUUCCAUUCCUGGGGAUCUUGCUUCUUUGGCUCUCUUUCUCCUCAGUAUCUUCCAGGGGGAAUUCAAGGAAGGCUGGGCUCAAAUUUGCCCGAGCCAAGGUGUUCAUCAGAGGUUUAAAGAUUCGGGGCUUGGACAGGAUUCUUGAAUUUGAAAUAUCUUCACUCACUGUAGAUUUUAGCAAUGGACGCAGUUGGUGAGAAUCAUAGAGUCAUGAUAAAAUCAGCCAGUGCCCGAGGUGUUCCAAUGGAGGGCGUGAAAUUUGGUGCAGACGUGGGGAAUAACAAUAGAAGAGCACUGAGGGACAUUAGAAACUUUGUGGGCGUUCCGCGCUAUCCAAGUGCAGUGAGCAAGAGGGGGUUGCAGGAUACAAACAUUGUUGAUGAUAAAAAUGCGCAAAAUUUUGUGGGCCGGCGGCCGAUGACAAGGAGAUUCGCAGCUUCCUUGGCAAACCAAUCACACCAGGUUUCUGGUGCAAAGCUUCGGCCAAUUGGGAGUGAGAGACAGAAGAAACCCUUGUCAUCGACUCCCAGUUCUAGUGCCUUGGAUGCUUCUACCGCCAUAGAUGUGGAUGAUUUCAAGUCAGUUAAUGACUUACCUCUGCCUAUGGUUGAGGAGAUGGAAGAAGUGGGAAAUUGUGAGCACAAGGAGGUAGAAAUGGAGGAUCUAGAGGAGGAGCCUGUUCCAGAUAUUGACAGUUGCGAUGCCAAAAAUCCUUUGGCAGUUGUUGAGUAUGUGGAGGAGAUCUACGACUUCUACAGACAGACUGAGGAUUUUGGUUGUGUCUGCCCUAACUAUAUGUCAAACCAGUUUGACAUCAAUGAGAGGAUGCGUGCUAUUUUGAUUGACUGGCUCAUAGAGGUGCACUACAAAUUUGAACUAAUGGAUGAGACAUUAUUUCUAACGGUCAACAUCAUUGACAGAUUUUUAGCACGUCAAACAGUUGUAAGGAAGAAGCUCCAGUUGGUAGGAGUGACAGCCAUGCUUCUUGCAUGUAAAUAUGAAGAAGUCUGUGUUCCUGUUGUGGAGGACCUAAUCCUAAUUUCAGACCGUGCUUACACAAGGCAAGAGGUUCUAGAAAUGGAGAGAUUGAUAGUCAACACCUUGCAAUUCAGCAUGUCUGCGCCAACUCCUUAUGUUUUCAUGAGGAGGUUCCUCAAAGCAGCUGAGUCCGACAAGAAGCAAGAAUUUCUAUCUUUUUUCAUUAUUGAGCUCUGCCUUGUCGAGUACCGAAUGCUCAAGUACUGCCCUUCAUUGCUAGCUGCUGCUGCUGUCUACACUGCUCAGUGUACUCUUAAAGGGUUCAAGCACUGGAGUAGAGCUUGUGAGCAGCAUACAAAUUACUCAGAAGACCAGCUUUUAGAGUGCUCCAAGAUGAUGGUGGAAUUCCAUCAGAAGGCAGGACAUGGGAAGCUUACUGGAGUAUACCGGAAAUACAGCACGUUUAGGUUUGGGUGUGCAGCAAAAUCUGAGCCAGCCCUUUUUCUGAUGGAUACAAGGCUCUAGAACUGCUGAUUAAGAACUCCAUGCAGAUGUUUUAGCAGAUAUCAUUAAGGGGUUUAAUGAUGAUUAACAAUAUAAUCCAACUUCAAGAAUUGAUGU